CCCAACCCUGGCUCUGAUUCGGGAUUAGCUUCCACAAUGCGGCAUUCAUCACAAUCCAUCAUUUUGUUUUCAUCUUUGGUACUCGUUGCCACUGCUGACCGCCUGGGUCCCAUAUACCCAGCACCGGUUGACCUUUCUAGCUCCCAUAGCCAUGUUAGGGCUGUCUGGGAGAAUCUCACCACUACCAUUGACGACUAUUUGAAACACCCUUCCAAGAACGGAUCGACCACGCUUCUAGGAAUUGAAAACAUCACGUUUUCAGCCGGGCUAUUCUCAGUCCAUGAUCCGGAAGCGAAGAAACUCCAGUAUCAUUGGACCAGUCCGGAAAUCGCAGAAUCCACCAAUGGAACCAGGAAAGUGGAUGGAGAUAGCAUUUUCCGCAUCGCCAGCGUCAGCAAGCUCUUCACCACUUAUGCUGGCAUGCUCUCUCUAGCCGAGGGUCAGUGGGAUCUUCCCCUCUCCAAAAUCUACCCCGGUUUCGCCAAAUAUGCGGCAGAAGCCAUCGACGCCCCGGCGUGGAGCAUCAAUUGGGAUGAAAUCACGCCGUGGGCACUAGCUUCCCAAAGUUCGGGCAUUCCUACGCAAGGGGGGCCGCUCAUGGAUCUACUGUGGCAAUACGUAACGGGGCAGAGCACCGUAAGCCCUAUCACAGCCUACGGACUUCCGCCAGAAAAUACGAGCAGCCUGGGACCAUGCUACGGCUCGCUUGAAGAGGCACUUGAGUUGUGUGACAGCACGAAUGUCAUCGAUUCUAUGGGAUCACGGCCACCGACGUUCAAGCCUUGGUGGACUCCUAUGUACUCCGACGCAAACUUUGAGAUGCUGGCGCUCAUGAUCUCUAACAUCACUGGGAAGUCAAUAUCAGACAUAUAUCGGACAGAGGUCUUCGACUCCCUGAACCUGAGCUCAACGUUCUCGUCUCCGCCGACGAGCAAUGUGACCCAGGCCCGGGCUGUCGUUGCGGGUCCCGCAGCAGCGGGGUUCUAUCUGGAGAUCCCCUUCACUACCCCAUCCGGAGGGAUCUACUCCUCAACCAACGACCUCGCCACAUUCGGUGUUUCGAUCCUGAACCACACGCUACUCCCCGAAACUACCACGCGCAAAUGGAUGAAACCUCAAACGCACACAGCAAGUCUGACCGCCUCCAUUGGCGCCCCAUGGGAGAUCGUUCGUGUUGUGAGUCCCACCACGGGUAGGGUGACAGACAUCUAUACCAAGCUGGGAGACUCGGGCUACUAUGGCGGCAUUGUCGCUCUGAUCCCAGACUAUGACGCCGGUUUCAGCAUCCUCGCAGCCUCUACGAGCGACCAACGCAGUGCUCUGACCAACGUGAUCCUGGAUUAUAUUACUCUGUCUGUGCUUCCAGCUUUAGAGGCCCAGGCCGCUCUCGAGGCAGCUCAGAAUCUUGUAGGCACAUACGUCUCAGAGGAUCCCAGUCUCAAUUCCUCCGUCACUAUCGCGACUGACGAUUCUGUCGGUUCUUCGAGCUACUUCCAUGGUCUGAGACUUACCCAGUGGAUAUCGAACAACACCGACCUGCUAGCCUCGCCCUAUCUGAGCGGUUACAAGCCUCGGCUUCUGCUGAGCAUCCCGAAGUCUACUCCCCGUGGCGUGGCCGGAGAGGUAGCCUUUCAGGUUUCCAGGUUCCCGCAGACGUACAGCUAUUUCGCUUCCAAUGCGGCAGAUCUCGGCGUGAUCGGUCCAUUUACGGGUCAAUAUAACACCAACCUGGACUUUUGGAGUACUGACACUAUUUACUAUGGAACUCGUGGUUUGGGCACGUUUGUUUUCACCGUCGACGGUGACGGGAAAGCUUCGGCUAUCUCUCCUACGGCUGCGAAGAUCAAGUUGGAGAGAAAGACGUAGCUGGACUUCUUCUUUGUUAUGGUUGUUGUAUUUAUCAUUUUGACGCCAGUCCUAGUUCUUAAACUGUCUCCGUUCACUUUUCUAUCGAAUAUAAAGCAUCCCACAAAUCUUCAAGUCACUUCUCGGUCAUUAUUUACCUUUACCCGUCGCACAGAUUGAUUUCCAGAAGUCCAACAUGUCAAACUGCAUUGGGGGCACACUUACCAUUCUUGAGAAAC